GCUCCCAACCGCCCCGGCGCCAACCGCCACGGCCGGCCGUGGAGCCAUGCUGCGCGUCCUGCUUCUGCUGGGCUGGCUCGGCCGGCUCUGGGCGGCCCAGAAUUCUGAAAGACUGCUUGUGGAAGUUACAGUGCCAGUGAAAGUGCGUUCAGUUGUAAGUGAAGGACUUGAAGUGGAGGUAUCCUACAAAGUUUUAAUUGAAGGAAAAAUAUUUAUUCUGAACCUAACGCAAAAAACUUUUUUACCUCAUAAUUUUAGAGUUUAUGGCUAUAAUGGCACAGAAAUUAUGAAACCUUUUGAUGAAGCAUUUCAGAAUUUCUGCUACUACCAAGGAUAUAUUGAAGAUUAUCCAAAUUCUAUGGUGAUCCUUAGCACAUGUAAUGGAAUCAGGGGCAUACUACAGUUUGAGAAUAUUAGUUAUGGAAUUGAACCCCUGGAGUCUUCGAUUGGUUUUGAACAUGUGAUUUACCGUGUGAACCUUAAGAAUGCAGAUAUUGCUUUAUAUGCUAUAAAGGAUAUUGAAUCAAGAGACAUGUCCUAUAAAAUAAAAAGCAUAGAGCCACAACCAGAUUUAUCUCAGUACAUAGAAAUGCAUGUGGUAGUUGAAAAACAAUUGUAUGAUCAUAUGGGUUCUGAUACUGCCGUUGUCACUCAAAAAGUUUUCCAGUUGAUUGGAUUGACGAAUGCUAUUUUUACUUCAUUUAAUACUACAGUUAUUCUGUCUUCCUUGGAACUUUGGACAGAUGAAAAUAAAAUUCUAACCACCGGAGAUGCUAAUGAGUUAUUACACAGAUUUUUAAAAUGGAAAAGAUCUUAUCUUGUUUUGCGUCCUCAUGAUGUGGCAUUUUUACUUACUUACAGAGAAAAAUCAAAUUAUGUUGGUGCAACCUUUCAAGGGAAGAUGUGUGACAGAAACUAUGGAGGAGGUAUUGUUAUGCACCCCAGAGCCAUAAGUAUGGAAUCGCUUGCAGUUAUUUUAGCUCAAUUACUGUCCCUUAGUAUGGGGAUUACUUACGAUGACACUAACAAAUGCCAGUGCUCAGGAACUAUCUGCAUAAUGAACCCAGAAGCAAUUCAUUUCAGUGGUGUGAAGAUGUUUAGUAACUGCAGCAUGGAAGACUUUGCACAUUUUAUUUCAAAGCAGAAAUCCCAAUGUCUUCAAAACCAACCUCGCUUAGAUCCGUCGUACAAGCAGGAUGCAGUUUGUGGCAAUGAGAAGGUGGAACCUGGAGAGGACUGUGACUGUGGGGAUGCGGAGACUUGUGCUAAUGCUGCAGCACAGUGCUGUAAUAGUGAAACCUGUCAAUUUGCAGCCGGAGCAAAUUGUGCUGAAGGGCCAUGCUGCGAAAAUUGUCGUUACAAGGGCAAAAGUGAGGUAUGCAGGUCUCCCCUGGAUGAGUGUGAUCUUGCUGAAUAUUGCAAUGGGUCCUCUGCGGAGUGUCAACAAGACAUAUUUGUUCAGAACGGGCACCCAUGUGAAGGAAACCGUUGGAUCUGUAUGAAUGGAGAAUGUGUGAGUGGGAGUGUACAGUGCAAGAAGACAUUUAAUGACGCCGCAGAGUUUGGUACUGAGGCGUGUUUUAGAGAGCUUAAUACUAAGGGUGAUCAGUCAGGAAACUGUGGUUCAGGCCCUCAAGGAUACACAAAGUGUGAAGCUAAAGAUCUGCAGUGUGGAAAACUAAUAUGUAGAUAUGACUCUACAGAAAUAUUUAGAGAGAAAACGACCACUAUAAUUUAUGUCACCAUAGAUGAUGACCGUUGCAUCGCCCUGGAAUAUCCACACGAUGAUGCGCAGAGUGCGAUCAUGUGGGUAAAAGACGGAACUGUUUGUGCUGCAAAUAAAGUUUGCAACAAUAAGGUUUGUGUGGAUUCUUCAUUCUUGGAUUAUGACUGCACUGCACAAAAAUGCAGCAAUCAUGGUGUAUGCAAUAACAAAAAGAACUGUCACUGUAAUGCUGGAUUCUUACCUCCAAACUGCCAAACGGAAGACGCUUCAUGGCCUGGUGGGAGUGUUGACAGUGGCAAUUAUCCACCUGCAGCAGCACCCUCUGUCCGUGAAGGACGCUACAUAGAGAGCGGUUACCAUCAAAAACCUACGCGAUGGCCAUUUUUCUUACUCAUUCCUUUUUUCAUUAUUCUCUGUGUACUGAUUGCCAUGCUGGUAAAAGUUCGUUACCAAAGAAAAAAAUGGAAAACUGAGGACUAUGCAAGCGAUGAGCAACUUGAACAUGAAGAUGAGUCUAAAGAGUAGUCUGGACAACAGAGAUUCCUUAAUAUCACA